GGAAGGUUCACUCUAAACCCCUCGUGUCUCUCUCUCUCCCCCUCUUCACCUGCACCAUAUCUCUGACCCGGCGAAGCUAGCCGUUCUCUCCCAACCGCAACGCGCCGGAUCUGGGGGCUUGGUUAACUGUUUUUCUGUCACUUGGAAGUGAUUUUGGGUUGACUUUUGUAUGGUAGCAGAGUUGUAGAGUCAUGAAGAAGCUUAUAUCACUUGUCAGGAACCUUCAUUCACGCCAAUGCCACCAACCCAAAGCAAACUGGUCUGUGCAAGCGCGUUUCUUGCAGCAAGACUCUGUAUCCAAACCCAAACCCAAGAAAUACAAGUACCCGUCGCUCUAUGAUCCGUACGGUCCUAGACCCCAGCCUUCGAGCAAGAUCGUGGAGCUAGCCGAGCGUAUCUCCGCGCUGUCUCCGGAAGAGCGGAAACAGAUCGGUCCCGCACUCAAUGAGCACCUGAGGCUUCCGAAACAGCAGAUGAUCUCAGGGCAAGGCGUGAGUAUGGGAGGGAAGCAGGAUGCUGGAGGAGGGAAAGUAGUGGAGGAGAAGAAGGAGAAGACGUCUUUCGAUGUGAAGCUGGAGAAGUUUGAUACGGCUGCGAAGAUCAAAGUGAUCAAAGAAGUGAGGGCGUUCACGAGUUUGGGACUCAAGGAAGCGAAGGAGCUUGUGGAGAAAGUACCCGUCGUGAUUAAACAAGGUUUGACGAAGGAAGAAGCUAAUGGAAUUAUAGAGAAGAUCAAAGCUGUAGGUGGAGUUGCAGUUAUGGAGUAAGUUACGUUGAACACUUGUGUUUUUCGUUUGUCUUUUGGUUAUUGUGUUUGGUCACAUCUUGGCACUGUAAUAACAAGUCAAUUAAACCAUUAAGUUUACAAAAACUUGGUUUCAAAUUUAAAAUCUGUUUUUGGUUUAGUGAGUU